CUCACUGUUCAACACAACGUGCCUCCCAGAGACCUCUGCCUCACCAUCUAGUGCUUGUAAAUCUCCAGCUUUGUCCCGUAAGGCCGUGCCACUCCGAUGCGCGAGUCCAACUUCGCCUUCCCUGUCCAGAACAGGGCUUCUGUCUGCAUCUCAUCCCAGCUCUACGACAGACGAGCACUCGACACAAAUGCGCCUCUCCCACUGUUCAACUCGCUUACACAUCUUACCUAUCUCACCGCGACGUCGCCCCGCAUCCGCGAGAUCAUGACCAUGGAUGGCGGCCUCGAGCGUCUUGUACGCCUGUUACACGAUUUCUGUAUCUCACCUCCGCCACCCGAGAAUCCAGCUAUCUUAUACGGCCUUCUGCCUGUCCAUCACCACCCGCCACAGCCCCAACCAACCCUGAACCCCAAGUCUUUCGACCGACACGCAGCCUAUCGUUUCUCUCUCGCAUUUCAAUGUGUCGUCAACAUCGGCGUAAGAGGCUCGGAGCCGAUUAGGAGUAGGGUUGUCCAAGCAGGCACCCUAGAUGUCGUCGGGUGCGUUCUCGAGGCAUGGCUCGCGUCGAAGGGUUUUGCCACCGGCCCGAGUUCGAGUGCCAGUGGAUUACCGAGGGAGACCAGAGAACAGAGAAGUGCGAGGAGAGCUGCUCAGAAUGAAUUGAGGAACAGGGAGCAGGCGAGGGAGCAGGCGGCGGAUUUGGCGAGGGCAUUGGAGAGGCAGCAGUUGGAGAGGCAGCAGUUGGCCACACGACGGCGUAUAGCAAGACCAGAUGAGGAUGACGAUUCCAUGGACGCCGAGCAGCCACCCGCAUCUCGCACUCGUACUGCACGGCCCACCGAUGUGACUCUCGCCGGCCCCUCGCGCCCAAGUAUUACCACCACAACCGUCGACCAACCUAGCUCCACCGACACUUCUACCGAAACAUCUACGAACUCUACACCUAUAGGCUCUAACACUCCUACCGGCGCCGUCGAGAUCCCUGGCCGAGAGCGCAGCGGGACUAUCAUCGCCCGCCCCGUUUGGGAUCCUUCUCGCCGCCCAACUGUCCACACACGCCAUCGCGAACGUGAAAUACCAUCAGCUAGCACGAGCGCCGAUACGAGCGCCAACAAUUCGAGGCCUGAGACGGAGACAGAGGAUGAUGGUGACGGGCUUGAGGGAGACGUUGAUAUGAUGGAUGGCGAAGGCGAGGAUCGAUCACAGGGUCCACUCACUGACACAUCACCAUCGCCGGAACCAAUGGCACGUACAGCGACUCAAACAUCACCGCACACUACGAGACGGGCAGUGGGCAUCGUAUCGGAUACGACGCCGACGGCGGCUUCGCUCGAGGUCAACGCGGACGCACAUAUCAUCAUUAAUCGUGAUCAGGAGAUCGGCGUCGGUGGUGUAGGCAUGAAUGAAGGCGUAGGCGUGGAGGAGGGUAUCGUUAGCCUGGAGCCAAACGACGAUUUCGCGAUGGGUGCACCACCGGGCGCUCCAGGGGCUAUUGAAACUACCACCAUCAAUAUGACUCGGACGGGGACCAUUCGCAGAGGGAGGCAUGGCGUCGAUGUCACACCUCGGGCUGGGAACGUUAACCUGCCGAUUGGAACCCCACGCGACAGCGACGACGGCGAUACAGCGGAGGAGGGAACUGUCCGCCCGAAUGCCCCGCCUCAUCGUAUCCAUCCCCUUCCUCCCAUCGCUCGUCCCAACAAUCCCGCUCCUCCAGAAACCCGUCCUGCUCCCCUUCUACUCCCCCGAACUGCCCACGUCCAUCACCAUCACCACCACCACCAUCACCGCCACGGUAACGGAGGCGUUGAGAAGGAUAGUGAUGGCCCGUAUCGGGACGAGGACGUGCUGCUGAGCCUACAAUUACUUGCCUAUCUUAGCAAAUACCCUCAUGUCCGACAAGCGUUCUACAAGCCUCGGGCGAGUUUCCACCCAGCAACAGUCGGACUUCAACGCGCACCUCCGUCAACGUCGAACGCUACUGUUGCGUCUUCCGCUUCCAGUAUCGCUCCAUCGCACAAAGAAUCCACCAGCGGUUUCUUCAAAGCGUUCGGCCGUGGGAAGGAGAAAGAGCGUGCACACACGCCUGCUGGGCCAUCCCUCUCACCGGCUGCUGCUGCGACCACGCCAUCGGCGCCGCAAAGGCAGACGAACGUCUUUUCCCUUGUGGAGAGGUUUACGUUCAGACCUAGCUCAAGCGAGAGUGACCUGCCAAAUCCUCCCCCUAGUUUACCGCAGGAGAUUCAGUAUUGGGCUGGUGUCAUCAUGCGGAAUGCUUGCAGGAAGGACGAUAGCAGAGGUGGCAUUCGGCAAUGUGCCAAUAUGCUGUGCGGUCGAUGGGAGUCAUACCCUCGAGAGUUCGCGAAGUGUCGACGCUGCCGAAAGGCGAAGUAUUGUGGUAAAGAAUGUCAGUCGACCGCCUGGAGCGAAGGCCACCGUUUCUGGUGCAGCGCCAAGGACGGUGAUGACGAAGCCACAGAACAACCGGACGCCGCAGUCCCCUCCGCCCGUCCAUCUUCUUCCCGUCCAGCAGCUGAGCAGCUCGCAGAACUCCUCGGUGUACGACCAGACAUGGGGACGGGACUUGGUCUCACACCGCCCGGGCCACCGAGACCCGCACGGGUCGAUCGCGAGCGAGAGAGGGAUCGGGAGCGCGUGAGGGAAAGGGUCGUCGCUACUACCGCCGCUGGAGUCGAUUCGACACAGAUGGCGAGAGCGAUGGCGCAAGUGUUUCGGAAUAUGGACGGCCCCAGAGCAUGGACAGCGGCCUUGAGAGACAAUGCGGACGAGCCAGCAGCCAACCCUAGGAGGCCAGGCGCACCCGCGCCUGUUACGUGGAAUGCGCGUCCUGGAGCUGCUGAGCCGGGAUGGGGAAGGGCGGUCUAUGAGCCUUCGCCGUUUGGGGCGACGGGUGCUGGCCCGAGUGGUCAACAAGGCGGCACUGUUGUACCGCCACAGGGCCAGGUUCGGGAGAGGAGACGUGGUGCCGAAGAUGAAUUGGAUAGGUUGGCGGUUGGUCAUGGGCGGAGGCGGGCGGAGACGAUGCCGGGUGGGAUAGGUUCCCUCAUCGAUGCUAUCGAUGCUCCUACUCCUCUGACUCACGAAGAGAUAAGUCGUUUCUUCGCACAGCCGCGGCAGCCUGAUGUGGCUACUGCGGCCCCUGGAACACAAGCGGAGAAUCCCAGGAGGGGGCUUGAGGUCGAGGUUGCGAUUGCAGGGCCAUCAAACGCGAGGAUCAUGGGUAUGCGAGGUGACACUGAUGUCGGUAUGGACGAUGAGUCUUUCAGGAUGGGAAGGGACGAUUUUCCCAUGGACGUCGAUUGAGCUCGUUUUCGUCUGGCCCCAUCUGUUUCUUUCACUCGUUUCGUGGUUAUGGUUGCUGUGCAUGGUGUGUCAGUCAUUUUUUUGGAUGUGUUUGUUCGCUCGGUCGAUAUGGCGAUGGAGCAGAAAUGUCGAUACUUAUAUCCCCUUCUCGCGAUCUUCGUCCGUGCACAGACCAUUUCAUUCUUUGACAUAUCUGUCCAUUUGUUCCCUGGGGUUCAUUUGUCGACGCGUUCGUUGUUUUCUCAUUUAUGUCGCAUAUUCUUUCAUUUUAAUCCAACCAGUGUCUAUAUUUGCACUCCACUGUCCUUCGUUUUUCUCUAUGUCUCACACUUCUCUCGCACACGUCCUGUCAUCCCAUCCCAUCCCACUCCAUCAUCUCAUAGUCUCUUGUCUGUCUGUCUCCUUGCCCCACAUUCACACCACACACCCUCGCUCAUUUCUUCCGUGCCUAUCUUGUGUUGUCAUUAUAUCUUAAGCGUCCAUCUGCGCUGCACAUCCACAUCCACAUCCACAUCCAUACCACGCUCACUGUUCACUGUCUACCGCCGCUGUCACCUACGCAUUCCCAUCCCCAUCCCCAUCUCCACCCUCC